AUGUCAAUAGUUCAAGGAUAUACAUCAAGUGAAGAUGAGAGUGAUUUACAAGAAGAAGAACAACAACAACAUACUAUAAUUGAACCACCUACAAAAAAAGUCAAAACCUUCUCUGGAGAAUUUCAAUCACUACCUAUAACCAACCUCCAUGAUGAUGAAACCAUCAAAUCAAGGAAAAUAUCCAAAGAUGCUAAAAAACUAGCUAAACAAUUAAAAAAUAAACGUUAUAAAAAUGGUAAAUCAGAUCCAUGGUCACAUCACUCAUCAUCUAAUGAAGAAGAUGAUGAUCAACAACCACUUAUAAAGGAACAACAACAAGAGGUGGUUGUUGAGGUAGAAGAAAAAGAAGAAUCAUCAUCAUCUGAUCCAUUAUUUGAACCAAGUUCAGAAUAUGUAGGAUCUGAAGAAUUUGAUUAUCAAGGACGUACCUAUAUGAAUAUUCCUAAAUAUUUAUCAAUUGAUCUUACCCUUCCAUCAGGUACAAAUAAUGAAUGUUUUGUACCUAAAAAAAUCAUUCAUAAAUUUCCUGGACAUUCUAAAGGAGUUAAUAAAUUACAAUUUUUUCCAAAUUCCGGACAUUUAUUAUUAUCUUGUGGUAAUGAUGGAUUAAUUAAAUUAUGGUCAAUUUAUGGUAGAUCAAAAGAUGAUAACGAAGAUGAUGAUAAAAAAUAUGAAUUAUUAAGAAUUUUUAAAGGACAUACAAUGGCAGUUAAAGAUAUAAAAUUUAAUUCUAAAGGUGAUAAAUUUUUAAGUUGUGGAUAUGAUAAAAGAAUUCAUUUAUGGGAUACUAAAACUGGGAAUGUUUUAAAAACAAUAAAUGUUAAAGCAAUACCGAAUGUAUUAUUAUUUAAUCCAAAAAAUGAAGAUGAAUUUAUAGUUGGUUUAAAUAAUUUUAAAAUUGAACAUUAUAAAUUUUCAAGUAUACAAUAUCGUAUACCUAUUCAAAUUUAUGAUCAUCAUCAAGGUGGUAUAAUAGAUCUUGUUAAUUUAAAAAAUUCAAAUUUAUUUAUAUCUAGUUCAGAUGAUAAAACUGUUAGAUUUUGGAAAUGGCAAAUUAAUAUUCCUGAAAAAGUAAUAACUGAUCCUUCUCAACAUAGUCUUCCUUCAAUUCAACCUCAUCCAAUGGCAAGAUAUAUUGCUUUACAAAGUAUGGAUAAUUCAGUUAAGGUAAUUCAUCUGUAUGAUAAAUUUAAAUGGUAUAAAAAGAAAGUUUUCCGUGGCCAUCAAGUUGCUGGUUAUGGUAUUGAAAUUGGUUUCAGUCCUGAUGGGAAAAUUAUCAUGAGUGGUGAUUCAAAAGGUCUGGCUUAUUUCUGGGAUUGGAAAACUUGUAAACUUGUUAAAAAAUUAAAACUUUGUGAUAAACCUGUCAAAUGUAUCGUAUUCCAUCCUCAAGAAUCAAGUAAAGUUGCCGUCGCUGGUUCUUCAGGUGAAAUCUAUUAUUGUGAUUAA